AUCAUGAAUUCUCUAACUAUCAUUGUCUCUCUCCUCUCCAUUUCCUUCUUUCAAGCUACUCAUGCUCAAAACUCACCCCAAGACUAUCUCAACUCUCACAAUGCCGCCCGGAAUCAAGUUGGCGUGGCAAACAUGACAUGGGACAACACCGUUGCUGCCUAUGCCCAGAGCUACGCAAACCAACGAGUCGGAGAAUGCAGCCUCGUGCACUCCAAUGGGCCCUAUGGCGAGAACCUCGCCAAGGGCACCGGUACGUUCGCGGGCACCUAUGCUGUGAGCCUGUGGGUCGCGGAGAAGCAAUACUACAAUUACAACACCAACACUUGCGCGAGUGGGCAUGACUGCUUGCACUACACUCAGGUGGUUUGGCGUGAUUCGAUCCGAGUUGGGUGCGCUAGGAUUAAUUGUAACAACGGGUGGUGGUACGUUGUUUGCAACUACGAUCCUCCAGGCAACUAUGAAGGGGAGCUUCCAUACUAA